AUGUCUCAACUUUUCCAGGCCCCUCCUCUACCUCCCACGCCUCAUGGGCGCUAUCGUGUGCUCCCCCCUCCCUUCGCCCAGCCGUGCGUGUCUUUCCGCUCCAAUUUAGAGCGAACAUUGGCGAUAAGUGGUGCCAUUGGUGCGAUGGACAAAGAAAUCUCCGUCAAGCUUCUCGACGCCCAUAAUGAGAAGAGGGAACUUCAUCGACACCGCGAGCAAUUAGAAGUUAUCGAUAACUUGCAUCACCUCGUCACUGCAGGAAAGGUACUCUAUCUUGGCAUUUCUGACACGCCUGCCUGGCUCGUCUCUUAUGUGAACCAGUACGCCAAGGCAAGCAGGAAGACACCAUUCUCCAUCUAUCAAGGCGCAUGGAACAUCAUGCAACGUAGCUUAGAGUGUGACAUAUCUCUAUGUCUCGUUAGUGCGGACUCGCCCUUGCGCAAUGGGGUGGCAGGCUGCGCACAGACAAGGAAGAAGCUGAACGAGAAGCCUCCGGCGAGAACGGACGCAAUUGCGCUUGAGAAAGUCGCGAACAAGGCGGGAGCAAAGCACAUCACCGCCGUUGCAAUAGCGUACGUGAUGCAGAAGACGCCAUAUGUAUUCCCAAUUAUCGGUGGCCGAAAAGUUGAGUAUCUAAUGGCGAAUAUCGGGGCCCUCUCAAUUGCUCUCCGAUGA